AUGGACCAGGGACGCCAUCCUUAUGCAUAUCGGGCACCUCGCCCACCCGUGCCCCCCAUGACCACGCCCACUGAUUCGACGCCAGUAUAUACUGCGGCGUGGCCACCCCACCCAGACGGGGCUUAUAGACCAUUGUUGCCGGGUAUGGUGGCCGUGCCCACGUCAGAUCACGGGCAGACCAGCACAGCUGGAGUUGGCAGCUCUCCAUUGUCGGAGCUGCCGACAUUAUCUCAGAUAGGGUUCACCCAACCGGGUAACGCCUAUCGAUGGUGGGUGCAAGAGGGGGUGGGGUCACAGGGUUAUGCGCCGUACUUUCCGUAUACGUAUAGUCGACCUAUGACGUGUAACCCUGAUAGUGAGACGCAGGAUUGUAGAUUUCCACUGUCACAGACCGGGGAGAUGCAGAUGCCGGCUGUGGGGUUGGGACAGAUACCGGCACAGGCGGCGAUGCAGGGCCAGAUUUUGGGGCCGAGACAGAUGCCAGCAUCGGGGGCGAGUCAGGGCCCGGGGCAUGUAGAGAGGCAGAUGCCGUUACCUGGUGAGAGCCAGAUGCCGCUUUCCGGUGAGAGUCAGAUGCCGCUUUCCGGUGAGAGUCAGAUGCCAGAUGUGGGGGGGAGCCAGACUACCCAUGAGGAGGACGUUGCGAUGUUGGGUACCGAUCAGUUGGCCCCCGGUAGCCCCCAGGGUAUGGAUUCAGAUGAUGAUCAGCAUCCUCCACCAGCCGGAGAGGUUGGCGAGGAGGUUGCAGGCGACCCAGCGACGCAGCACAUAGGGACUGGGCAGAUUCGGUUGAUGGGGUACAACCCAGACGGGACCAUUUAUUAUGAGGUGAUUGACGACCCAGCGAGAAACUGGGUGCUCCCGAGGGGGAAGAAGUACCUAGAUUCCCGCUUCAAAGCUCGGCCAAAAGGCCUUCGCUGGUCACAAUUGCAAUAUAGCUCAUUUGCUAAGCUCAUUGCAGAAGGGUCUUGUCCCUCCUAUCCAUCUACGCCCAGUCUGGACACCCACAUCCCUGCUUCAAUGCUAGACUAA